GUUUAGCGAGCGGAGAGAACACUGGGCGUGCCGAGGGAGCCGCUGGGGACUGGGCGUCCGGAGGUCUAGGGCGUUCUGCGGCCGCUGAAGGGCGGGGCGGCGUACUGCGCAGGCGCGGUGCCCUUGCCCACGCCCAAGCUUGCUUUUCCCCUUCCCCGGUCCACCCCUCGGGCGGCCGUUGGAAAAUGGCGACUAUCUCGGAGCUCAAAGCAGUUUUAAAGGAUACGUUGGAAAAAAGGGGUGUACUGGGACAUUUAAGAGCAAAGAUCCGAGCUGAAGUUUUUAAUGCACUAGAUGAUCAAGGUGAAAAACCUCCACCCCUGUCUCAUGAAAAUCUCCUAAUUAAUGAAUUAAUUCGGGAGUAUUUGGAAUUCAACAAAUAUAAGUAUUCAGCAUCUGUCCUUACAGCUGAAUCUGGUCAACCAGAAAUACCACUGGAGAGACAAUUUCUCAUAAAGGAAUUAAAUAUAUAUGAAGACUCGAAUGCAAAAUCAGUACCUCUUUUAUAUGGAAUUAUAUCUCAUUUCUUACAUGCGAAUAAAGAUGGCAUCCAAACCACUUUCAUGAAAGGAUCUUCAUUGCAGCUUCCAAGAUGAAAUUUUGGCCUGCAGUCCAAUUAAAAACAUGAAAGUGUAUGGUCAUUCAGAAAAGUGGAGGAUAAUGGGCACUAAUCCAGAAGAUCAUCAUGUUUCUCAAGCUGUGAAAUGAUAGCUUUCAUUUGGUGCAAAUAUAUAUAUAUAUCUUUUAAUUUCCCUAUGUAUAUAUUAAAUUGCUAUUUAUUGUCAUGAUAUAACAAUGUAGAAAUAAUACAUAUGUUAUGUAGAAAUGUAAGUUUUUGGAACCUAUUUAGCCAUCUCAUGUUUUUCUACGUUGUGAAUAAAGGUUAACUUUGUCAUUUAGCUUACUGAAUUUGACUUGAGGAAGAUAAACAUUUUGGUUUUAGGCAAUAUUUUAGUAGACACCAAACUAGUAGAAAGUGAAAAUGCUUUUAUUUGCCAUGAAGUUCCUCUCUUUUCUUUCCCUUGUCUGUACUGGGAAAUAGGGCUCUACAUAAUUGUAUGUUUUUUAACAUGCUUCAUUCACUGUAUUUCCUUUUCCAACCAAAAUUAUGUUACAUAGUGAAACUACUUUAAAAUACCUACAUUUACACAUAUAACUAUAUGGAGCAAAAUUAAAAGGCAGUGGUAAUAAAAAUAAUAUUAAAACCAGAAAAACUAUGGUUAAUCAGUAAUUUGUGAAAUGUAAGGUGAUUUUUCCAAAGAGCUGGGUUUUUUCAGCUUUUAAUCAUUAAGGUUUUUUAAAUUGCCUUCAAAUAUGAAAUUACUUAGUAAUCUCUUAGAAAAGUUUAUGCUUUUGUUGAAAGGGUUAAUUUAGAGGUUAGGCAAAGAAGUAGCUCUUUAAAUUUCCAUUAAGUAAAACAAAGGGCCCAUUUUGUACUGUGGAUGUGAAAUUGCAAGCAUGAAGGGACAAGCUUUGGGUUAAAAUACCAGGAUUUGUCUACCUGUUAAAAAGAUGGUAUUAUUUAGCUUUUAUAUAGUCCUCAAUUGUAUAGUUAAAAGAUGAAAUAUCAAAGUGCUUACCCCAUACUCAUAUCUGGCAUUUAAGUCUUCAUUAAACUUUAUUUUGGUUUCAAAAUAGGAAGUAUGAAAUUUUCUUACAAAGCAGGCUCUUCUAAAAUGUGCUUUCUCCCACAUUUAUUAAAGUAGUUACAUGUAUAAUGUGGAAUUUACAUUUUCUCAGUUGCUAUGGAAUGUAUCUGAUUGCUACAAAGUUUGGUGCCUGAGUAGCAGGAGUUACAUGCAAUCUAAUAAAAGUAAAAUUUUGAAAGGUAUCUGUUUGCUCUAAAGAAAUUUUAGCCUCACUGGAAACCCUUGUUUCUUCAUGUUAAGGACUUCAUUUAGUUCCAAGUGAGACUCCUUCCAGUUGAAAGUACUUUGUGUUGAUUUUAUAUUUGAUGAUAAUAGGUAAUGUUUAGUGUUCUGGGAUUAACAGAACAAAAGUGUUGCCAGAAUGCAAAAAUUUUUUAAAGUGCCACCAUUAGCCAUAAUCUUAUAAAGUCUUCAGAUUUUAAGUAGAUCAGUUUACUGUACAGUUAAGAAUUUAAGUAUAACUGAUUGAAUAAAACCAUAUAAGAGAACUAGUUACUAUUUUAUAACUGGUUGAAUAAAACCAUAUAAAGAUGCAAGAUAACUAGUUACUAUUUUAAAAUGAAGUUUGUACUAUGUGAUUACAAUUAUGAGUUCCAUUGUAUUGUAUGUGGGAGUAUAAAUGUCUGGAUUCUUUCCAGAAGAUUAACUUGAGACUUCAAGGAUGUUGGCAGUGAAGACAGAAAUUACCUCAGGAAUUGCAAUCAUGUAGGACCAGAUUCAGUCAAAAUCAAGUACUGUAAUUGUGGGGACAGAUGUCAAAACAUCAAAAUGAAAGCCAAAUAGAAUUGUGUCACAUAUAGAACCUAGUGUUUUUGGAUGCAAUGUUUUGUAACAAUUUUUAUACUAAGAUAACUGAUAAUUUAAGUGUAUCUUUCAAUAAAUGAGGUUAAAGCACC